AUGGCUUUUGCUCAGUCUUGGCCAACUAGUCCAACUGGUCCAACAAGACGCGCAUAUUUUUAUUCUGCUUUAGUUGAUUUUCGAUUAUUCAAAUUGAUUUUAUGUCUUUUUAAGAAUCUCCCGC